AUGGCUCGUGGUAAGGUUCAGAUGAGGAGGAUAGAAAACCCGGUGCACCGGCAGGUCACCUUCUGCAAGCGGCGAAUGGGCCUGCUGAAGAAAGCUAAGGAGUUAUCUGUUCUAUGUGAUGCUGAUAUCGGUGUCAUCGUGAUCUCCCCUCAUGGCAAGAUUUAUGACUUAGCCACCAAUGGGAGCAUGCAAGGUUUGAUCGAGAGGUACAGGAGAACCUAUUCAGAAAUGCAUGGUGAAAGUAGCAACCACAACAAAACUCAGAUAAUAAAACAAGAGGUGUUAGCGUUAACACAUGAAAUUGAUUUGCUUCAAAAGGGAUUCAGGUACAUGCAUAGAGAGAAUGGAGAGAAUGAUAUAAACCACAUGAAUCUUGACGAGCUCCAAACCCUUGAAAAUAAUCUUGAAAUGUGGGUAAAUAACAUUCGCUCCCAGAAGAUGCAGAUCAUCUCUAGGGAGUUUGAGAUGCUCAGGAACAAGGAAGCCAUGCUGCAGGCCGUCAAUGGCGUGCUUGAGGAAAGGAUAAUUGAGCAGAAUGGGAUUCUAAAUUUCAGCAACAUGGCGAUGACACCGCAAGCACCGUUCCAGCUAACCAUGGAGAGAAACUACUAUUUGUAG